UUAAGUUUUUCAUUUUGGAUUUGGCCGCGUCUUCUCUCCUCAAGCUUUACUCUCCUCAAGCUUUACUCUUAGGUGUGACCUAAGUCUCACUUCACACCUCACUGCCGCCGCUGCCAUUCCCACCGCCUUCACUACCGUCGUUCCUGUUCCGGCCCGUCGUUCUGGCCCCUGCGUCGUUCUUCUGUUUAACCUCAGCGUGCUGUUCGUCCUGAUAGCGCAGCCCACCACAAGGCCCCUGCCGUCGUUCUCCAGACGACGCAGCGCACGACAAAGACCACGGCGCUGGUCCCUGUUGACGCCGCCGACCACGCCCUAAUUCUUAUUUUCCCAAACGAAACCCUAAUUCCCCUUUUCGUUUUCGAGCUCUCCCCAAAUCCAAGGACCCCAAGUUCUCAACUCCUCCACUUUCUCCUUCUUCUUCUCCCUCUAAUUUUUUCUCCCCGCCACUUAUCCGCUUCAGAGAUACUGUUAAAUUGGAUGAUCUUGGUCGGGAGAUGUUGUCAAUUGCGUUGCCAGCUCUUUUGGCUUUAGCUGCUGACCCCAUCACUUCUCUUGUUGACACUGCUUUUGUUGGUCAUUUGGGUUCAUUUGAAUUAGCAGCUGUUGGCGUGUCAGUAUCAGUGUUUAACUUGGUGUUAAAAUUGUUCAAUGUCCCGUUGCUCAAUGUGACAACUUCCUAUGUUGCUGAAGAGCAGGCAUUGGUCAGUGUGCAAAAUGAAAAUUCUAUUCAAGCUGGCCAAGGUAGUCACUCAAGUAAACAUCCUUUAAGAUUACGGAGAAAGGAAAAAAUCCCUUCCUUCAGUGUCUUCAUCCAGAGUGCACUUAGUUCUAAGACAUUCAUCUUAUGUCCAUACUACGAAAAGAGUCACUGGAUGCUUUUAGUUCUUUGCUUGUCUAAACGUGAGGUCUACAUAUUUGAUUCUCAACAGAAGAAGAGAAAUUUGAUGAUUAAGGAGCCACUAAACAAUGUGCUCAACAACCGGGAUCACUAGAUUGUGGCUACUACGUCAUGCGUUUUAUGUACGACAUAAUAAUGAAUCAUGGUAAUAGUCAAGAUCUUACUAAGGAUUUUUCAAGAACAUUGCCUUAUUCACCGGAGAAGAUUAAUGAGGUGAAAGAUUUUUGGGCAGAUUACUUCAUGACCAAUGUCGAAUUUUUAGCUUAAUUUGUAAUAUGAACUCGAUCUCUAGCUAGCUGCCUUUGUUGUAAUAAUUUUAUGUUUGUUGUAACAUGUUGGUUGAUCUAUGACGAAUUUAAUUGCCUUUUAUUGGGAACGUUAAUUACGUUGUAAACUUUUGUGACAGGUAUUAUUUAUAAAUGUAUUCCCGGUAUUGGGAAGCGUCUAAUUUCAAAGACGAUCA